CAAGAUGGCGGCGCCGCGGUAGCUGGAUCUGGGUGGUGGCGUCCGGGGAGCCGCGACGGUUUCUGCUCUUGGGCCGUGGGGGCUGCCACGCCUGGAUGGUCCGUGCGACGGCCCGUACCCCCGCAUUGGGCACUUGUUCAAGGCUGAGGCUGUUGCCGUGGCGGUGGGUUCUGGGAAGCGCCGGUGACCUCUCUGCGGGUGCCCUGCGCUGGCCGUGGUCGCCCGAGGAGUAGAAGGGCAGCCGUCCUCCCGGGUCUUCCCGACUCGCGGAGUUUCUCAGGCCUCCGAGAGCUCUGGAGGAGCCACAGCUCUGAGGGGCUGCGGGAGUUCAAGCCCGCGGGUGUGUGACCGGCAGCCUCGUACCCUUGAGGGCGCAAAGAAACCCGCAAGAACUUUGCUUCCUCCUCCAGAGGCCUGGCUCCCUCGCGUUGGCUACUCCCGCAUUCUUUCCCACUUCCUCUCAGUGUUCUCACCAUAUACCUGGAAAUAUGAUCAGCGCCCCUGACGUGGUGGCCUUCACCAAAGAGGACGAGUACGAGGAGGAGCCUUACAAUGAGCCGGCCCUGCCCGAGGAGUACUCGGUGCCGCUCUUCCCCUUCGCCAGCCAAGGAGCCAGUCCGUGGUCCAAACUGUCCGGGGCCAAGUUCUCUCGGGACUUCAUCCUUAUUUCCGAGUUCUCUGAGCAGGUGGGACCCCAGCCCUUACUGACCAUCCCCAAUGACACCAAAGUUUUCGGUACUUUUGAUCUCAAUUACUUCUCUUUGCGGAUCAUGUCUGUGGAUUACCAGGCCUCCUUCGUGGGCCAUCCCCCUGGUUCUGCCUACCCCAAGCUGAACUUCGUGGAGGAUUCCAAGGUCGUGCUGGGAGACUCCAAGGAGGGGGCCUUUGCCUACGUGCACCACCUCACCCUGUACGACCUGGAGGCCCGUGGCUUCGUGAGGCCCUUUUGUAUGGCUUAUAUCUCAGCAGACCAGCACAAAAUCAUGCAGCAGUUCCAGGAGCUCUCAGCUGAAUUUUCCAAAGCUUCAGAGUGCUUGAAAACAGGCAACAGGAAGGCAUUUGCUGGGGAACUUGAAAAAAAACUGAAAGACUUGGAUUACACCAGAACAGUGCUGCACACCGAGACGGAGAUCCAGAAGAAAGCCAAUGACAAAGGCUUUUACUCAUCUCAGGCCAUCGAGAAGGCCAAUGAGCUGGCCAGUGUGGAGAAGUCCAUCAUCGAACAUCAAGACCUGCUGAGGCAGAUCCGCUCGUACCCUCAUCGGAAGUUGAGGGGGUCCGAUUUGUGUCCUGGGGAGACGGAGCACACCCAGGAUCCGCCCAGCCAGGCAGCCACUACCUCUGACCCCGAAGAGUCUGCUGACACAGACCAUUACACCUGCAGACCCGCCUACACCCCAAAACUCAUCAAAGCAAAGUCCACCAAGUGUUUUGACAAGAAGCUGAAGACCUUGGAAGAGCUCUGCGACACCGAGUACUUCACCCAGACCCUGGCCCAGCUCAGCCACAUUGAGCACGUUUUCAGAGGAGACCUGUGCUACCUCCUGACCAGCCAGAUCGACAGAGCACUCCUGAAGCAACAGCACAUCACAAACUUCCUCUUUGAAGACUUGGUAGAGGUCGAUGACAGGAGGGUAGAGAAACAGGAGAGCGCACCCCCUAGGCCCAGUCACGACAGGCCACCUUCCAGGUCUGUAGAGGAAUGUCCAGUUCCUCAAGUGUUAAUUAGCGUGGGCUCCUACAAGUCCAGUGUGGAGUCCGUGCUAAUCAAGAUGGAGCAGGACCUUGGGGAGGAGGGGUUCAGGGAAGUGGAGGUGACAGAGCCAAGCAGUUUUGACCCCCAGGAGAACCUGGCCUACCUGGACACGGACAUGAAAGGGAGCAUCAGCAGUGGCGAGAGCAUCGAGGUCCUCGGCACGGAGAAGUCCACCUCUGUGCUGUCGACGUCUGACAGCCAGGCCAGCCUCCCGGUGCCCUCGAGCCCCCAGGUGGUCCGGAGCAAGGCUGUCAGCCACAGGACGAUCAGCGGGGACAGUAUUGAAGUCCUCAGCACCUGCCCCUCUGAGGCCUUCGUCCCCGACGACUUCAAGGCCAGUUACCCAAGUGCCAUUAAUGAAGAAGAGUCCUACGCAGGUGACAGCGGGGGAGCCAUCCACUUCCAGGCAGGCCUCAGCCCGCCGGAGCUGGGGGAGGCCAAGGAGGGCGGCUCGGGAGUCACCCCGUCACAGACAGACUCCUGCUGCAUCGGGAGGGAGGGUGGCACUCUGCGGGUGCCGCUCUCCACCCCGGGCCACACGCUCUCCGACGAGGACGGGGUCGUGAGUGUCCCCCCGCAGCACUACCGGCAGAAGGACCAGGAGUUCCACGUGGACGUCUCAGUGGAAAACGCCAACGCCUCUUCCCGAGACAGCGGUUCCGAAGGCUUCCCUGCUUAUGAGCUGGACCCGAGCCACCUGCUGGCCAGCCGGGACGGCAGUAAGACCAGCCUGGAUGACCACUCCGACGCCACCAGCUACGGGAGCAGCGUCACCUCCGCCAGCUCCGACAGGACUCCCUCCUCUGUUCCUCCCACUGGCCCCUCUUCCGAGAGGCAUAAGAAGAGGGCGGGCCAGAACGCCUUAAAAUUCAUCCGCCAGUACCCCUUUGCCCACCCAGCCAUCUACUCCCUGCUCAGCGGGAGGACGCUCGUGAUCCUAGGGGAGGAGGAGGCCGUAGUCAGGAAGCUGGUGAGCGCGCUGUCCAUCUUCGUCCCCAACUACAGCCUCCAUGCCAAACCCGUGAAGCACUGGGUCUCCUCUCCUCUGCAUAUCACGGAUUUUCAGAAGUGGAAGCUUAUUGGCCUGCAGAGGGAGGUGGCUAAUUGCGUGUACUUGGGCCUCCUGGGACACGAGCUUGUGACACCUUAUCUCCGAGGGAAGAGCGGUCCGUGGGGCCCAAAUGACCAGAUGGGAAGCGAUCACAGGCCCACCCGUGUCUCGUUCCCGGGCCACCAACAUGGCCUCUGCGGUUCACACCUCGCACCUGGGAAGCCAGAAAGGGCAGCAGGUCAGUCACACUGGCCUCCUAGAAGCGGAAGUCCACUCUGGAGGGUGUUUGUGCAGAAGCGCCGCCUUGGGCGAGCCCUGCUGGUGCAAGCAGAAGGCCUGGCCGUGGGGCGGCCGCAGAGAGGGCACCCGGAGCCCCUCUCUUGAGCUGUUUCUUCAUUGAGGAGUAGAGCUGUCUUCGCUGACCAGUGGCUGAACUCCAGCAUUUAAAUUUUGCUUAAAAUCCAACUUUGCAGUGUGCAGGUUCACAGAAUUGCUUGAUGCCAAGUAUGUUUCUCUUCGAAGGGAGCUCAAAGGGGAACCAGGCCUUCCCGGCCCUGCCACCCUGGCGACUGGAACCUGCCAGGAGUCUCAGACGCACCUGAGUCUGAGUGGUGGGGGCCUGUGCAACGAACUCAUCUCGUCAGGAAUCUUAACAAGAGGUUUUCCCUGGUACUAGGUCAGCAAGCGUCCAAAUGCUGAGAAACGCUUCCAAAAUCAGAGGGAGUCAGUGCCCUUAGUACUUCUUCAAUCCUAAGUAUCGCCUCGAAGGCCCAGGCACCAGAACCUUGAGGUUUGUUUCAGCUUCACUUUCAGUCCGUUACCUGCCCCCCACCCUGCCUUUUUAAAGCAGUCCAAGUUAAGAAGAACCUGCCUAGGCUGGCAUUUAUGCAGUAGUGAUUUCCAGAAGCUCCACGGUAGACAUCAGCUGAACCCUUUUAUAGCACCUGUGGCCCUGGGGACCCUACUCCUUUAGUAGAAUCUGGAAAUGGGCUGUGAUAGCCCAGCUGCCAUUUCCCACGUAGCUCUGAACUUCUUGCUUCAGAUCAGUUACUGUGUGCAAAGUAUUGUAGACUUCAUCCCCAAACAAGUAACAAAUCCCAUGUCAAAAUCCCAGGAUGGCCGAUAGAUUCUCCCCUGAGUGCCAGGGCUGCUGCAGCUUGUGACACGUCCCCGGAGGCCCAGCGGCCUGGAAGAUCUCGCACGCAGCUCGCCACCCACCCUCCCCACCAGCCUGAUGGCGCCUGGCCGGUCAGCUUCUCCACGUGGCCCACGUCUUUGCACAGGCAGGAGCCCUCCUGGGCUGGUGCGGUCCAUCAGUCCGUGUGGACAGCCUUCGGAGGCACCAGCCCCCCAAGCCAGCAUCAGAUCUUACCUCCCAUCUCCCUAGAGGCUCAAGAAAGUGCCUUGGCUCGUGCUUUGAAGCAAACCAGCUAGCUUUCUGGCUUUUUCCCAAUAUUGUGAUAGAAACUGAUACAACUGGAAUUUUUGAGAGAGAGAUGGUAUUAACAGAUUGGAAAAGGAAAAGUAUCAAAUCUCUACUUCUGGCUGGAAGGAAAACCAGCCUCAGCUAAGGUUGGAGCACACCCAGCUCUUCUGAGCCCGUCCUGCUUUGAGGUUUGGUUUCAGCUGUGAGGAGGAGGGAGCACUUGGCCAUGAAUCAAGUGCUGGUCUGGGGCCCCAGCCUCCCGGGAGUGCUUGUGUGGUGGCCUUUGUCUCCUGCGGGGGAAGAGUCAAGCUCCUGGGUGUGAGGCUGUUUCCACAGCUGCGGAGGUGGCAGCCGCCCUGCCCGCCAUGCUGGAGCCCCGGGGCGUCAACCACGGCCGUGUUAAGGCCACGGUGAGAAGCAUAGUGCGUGAGGAAGUUGUAUUUGUCGUUUUUUGAAAAGCUACGUUAUUACUGCAUGCUCCUCGUCGUGUGUGAGCGUGAGUCCCACUGGGUGAGCCGUGGUCACUGCGGCCAGGGCGAGAGCACGCUGCACACAACACACGCGUGCCCGCAGCUCCCGGUGUGGCUGCACCAGAGUUCAACCAGUCAUGCCAAACAAAUAGUAUGAGAAGUGUACUUUUUAAGAAAUUAAUUUAUUUGAGUUGAGAUAUUUUUGAGACAUAAAAAUCGGUUGUAUUUUUUAAAGCUAUAAUUCUUGUAGACAUUCUGUGGUUAAAAAUUUGUGCUUAUUAAAAAUGGUCAUCUAUG